AUGUUCGCACGGAGUCUGACGGCACUGCUGCUCCUGAGCAGCCUCGUUGUCGCUUUCGCUGGUUCUGCAUCCGCGCACGCCAGCGGUGUCAAGGUCGAGCGACACGCUGCCCGCAAUGCCCGUCUUUCGAAGCGCGGAGAGGGAGGUUGGGGUUUGGUGGAGCAGGCGAACGGCACGCGGACAUCGAACAUCCCUGUCCGGGGAGGUCAGGUGAGUAGCAUCGUCUCGUUUCGCAUUCAUGAUUGUUCUUGCUGCCCCCCCGCACGCCGCCGACGCUCGGUGCUGCAGAGUGCAUGAGACGGACGCCGGGGGCGAACACCGCUCUUGGGUGUGGCGCAAAAAAGACGCCGGCAAGCCUCCUUCAUUACCGGCGCUGCGUGCAUGCUGACGCCGCUUCAUCUGGUGCCUGAUCCCUCGAUCGCAGUAUGAGCUCUAUGCAUGGACACGAGACAAUGUGACGGAGGAUGCAUACAAAAACUUGAAGAGGAUCGUCUUCACCACGCACGGAAUGGGCAGAGAUCCAUGGAACUACCUCUUGCACACACAAAUCGCCUUGACUGCUGCGGUGGAUGCUGGCUUGCCUGUGCAAGAUGGCGAGAUGGGACUGUGGGCACCGAGCUACUGGAACCAGAUGGACGAUCCGGUCGCCAAUCGCACGGACACCAAUUGGCUCUUUUGGUACCGCAACGAGUGGGAAGAUGGCCACAACAGCAUUCUGCCUGAAGGAUCCAAUGUCUCGUCCUUUGAAGUCUUGGACAAUGUCCUCGCUUACUUUGGCAACCGUACCAUCUUCCCCAACGUCGACUCCAUCGUGCUUGCGUCUCACUCUAUGGGGGCCCAGAUGAUGCAACGGUACGCCUUGCUGGGAAAUAUGCCAGACAUUGAGCCAGAGGUCCACUUUGUUGUCGGCAACCCUGGUGCAUACCUCUACAUCGAUGACCAGAGACCAGUGGGCGCCGGCGGUGCAAUGCCUCUGGACAAUUGUUCAGACUGGAACGCGUACAAAUUUGGGCUCAACAAGGUCAGCGAUGAGCUGACGUACGGUGUGCCCAUCCCCAACAAAGACCUGUUAUGGCAGCGCUACCAGCAGCGCAACGUGCAUUACAUGAUAGGACAGCUGGACGACGGUCGCGGUGCCAACAUCAGCUGCCCAGCUUACGUCCAAGGAGACGCUCACCGCACAAGAGGCGCUCUUUUCCACGCUUACUUGGAGCACCUAGGUGGUUUCCCCGCAUCUCAUACCCUCGACUACGUCGAUUGCACUCACGACGACCAGUGCGUCUUCUCUUCGCCACAAGGUCAGCAGAGGUUGUUCUUGCAAUCGAAAAAGGCCGGACAGGACAUGCCUAGCUAUAUCCCCCAAGGCCCUUACAACAAUCUGUUUCAGGGACCCGUCCAAUUCGCGACGUCGGACGGCGAAGCGAGCAGAAUGCCGGAUGGCACUGCUUUUGUGCCCACCUCUUUCCGGGCUACCAACUCUGCAUCCCCUGGCGAUUCGAAAGGCAGCACCGGUUCGCAAGGCAACGCUUCUGGCAAAUCAAGCGGUGCUCUCUCCUCCAUGAGCGCGAACCCUUUCUUCUCUACGAUGGCUGCGCUCGCGCUGGUCGCUCUGGCUAGCCUCAUCACUCUUUGA